UUCAAGCCACCAUUCUUUCCAGUAUACUAUAGCCAUGAUUUUCUUUCAGAAUUUUUUUCUGGAAAAUACCUUAGACCUUUAAUUUACCAGUUUUUAUUAUAUCCGUUUCUUCCUAGACCAGGUGAUAGGUUUGAGCGAGACAGACCGCUGAGAGGACGUGGAGGCCCGAGAGGGGGUAUUCGUGGCCGAGGCAGAGGUGGCCCUGGGAACAGAGUUUUUGAUGCUUUUGACCAGAGAGGGAAGCGAGAAUUUGAACGAUAUGGUGGGAAUGACAAAAUAACAGUCAGAGCCGAAGACAACAUGGGUGGCUGUGGAGUUCGCACCUGGGGAUCAGGUAAAGAUACCAGUGACGUGGAGCCGACUGCACCGAUGGAGGAACCCGCAGUGGUGGAGGAGUCCCAGGGUGCCCCAGAAGAGGAGUCUCCAGCCAAAGUUCCUGAGUUGGAGGUAGAAGAAGAAACUCAAGUUCAAGAGAUGACUUUAGAUGAGUGGAAAAAUCUUCAAGAACAGACCAGACCAAAGCCUGAGUUUAACAUCCGGAAACCAGAAUCCACUGUUCCUUCCAAAGCAGUGGUGAUUCACAAGUCAAAAUAUAGAGAUGAUAUGGUAAAAGAUGAAUAUGAGGACGAUUCCCAUGUUUUCCGGAAAGCUGCCAAUGACAUCACAUCCCAGCUGGAGAUUAAUUUUGGUAACCUCCCUCGUCCUGGGCGUGGAGCCAGAGGAGGCAGCCGGGGAGGCCGGGGAAGGAUCAGGAGGGCGGAGAACUAUAGACCCAGAGCAGAAGUGGUGAUGCAAGAUGUUGCCCCCAACCCAGAUGACCCUGAAGACUUCCCCGCACUUUCUUGAAAGAGCGCUACUUCCCGGCACCAAGGAGCUGCACCGCACACCCAUGGAGAGACUCUUGCGGCUGUGGGAAGACAGUCAGACUCUAGGAACAAUAGAUGUUGCUUUUCCCAUAUCGUGUGAAUUCGUUGCACUUUUUCAGGCUGCGCUGUUAGACAGAGGGGCUUCUCCAGAGGCUCGAGAGCAGGCCCUUUCUGUGACGGUUAGCCUGGCCCUUUCCCAAGAAGGCAAAGAAUGGUGAUUGUGUUUUUAUCGAAGGAAUUUGAAAUGACGUUCAGGAAUAAUGUUUAAAAUGUGUACAUAGAGAUUGUAUGGAAUCUCCUCCACAGAAGCUUGGAGGGAAAGGGGGUUGUAAAAUAGACUCCACUGAGGGCUCGUAGGAAGCUGUAGAUUCCCGGAGGCUGUGCCUUUAGCAUUAGAGGAAAUGCAUAGACCUUGAACUGUUCAUGUAAAGCAGUCACAGCUUAGUUUUCAGAGACCAAGAAAUUAAAAUACAGUUGCACUUACUGUGUACUUGUAAAUGUUAUCUACUCUCCUGGAAUAUUUUGAGUUCUGGUUUUCACUUAACCAAUCAUUUUAAAUCGCUAUUGUGUAGCCACCCUCUGUGACACAGAAUCAGAGAAAGUGUUGAUAUUUAAUGGUGAUUUAAACUACCUCGUGGUUUCUGUGUGUGCACACACACAUAUCUAGCGUUUGGGUGGUUUUUAGGAAGAAUAGUAAGUAUAUGACUUUAAAAACCAUGUUAUUUAAGGGAUCAUGCAAAAAAGCAAAUACCGCAUCAUUUCUUCUGCAGAGCGAGCGUCAGCGUUCGGCAGCUGUGGACACAGGCCUCUGCCGUCGGCCUGGGCAAGAGUUGUAAAUAACUGGUAUUUAUUAAGCACUUAUAAGCAGUUUUUCUCUCUUAUUUCUGGCCCCAGUUCUAGAGUUCCUCUUUAUUGCUUUUGGUGAAAGUUUGGGGUUCAGGGUAUACCUCAGAGGUUCAGUAACUCACCUGGAGUCCCACCUUGAACACAGCUGCACCCAAAGCCACUGACGCCAACCCACAGAGCACACUGUGCUGCAGAGGAAGUGGGCCCAGGAGGGCCUGCGGUCCAGGCAGCUGAAGAGCUGCUGGAAGCUGGGGUGAUGCUCUCCCUGCUUUCCCGUAGAUACCACAGGUACUGUCUGCCUGUUGUCACACAGUUCAUAUGCUCGCCUGCGAUGGAAUCUGAACCUCGGCCCCAGGAUCUGUGCUUUUUUUCACUUUGCCACACUGUCUAAGGUGGCUUUGAACUGGAACCCAAGUGCAAAUAAAGGCUGGUAUUCGCCCCUGACUUGGUGUAGAGAAAACGGUCCUUCCGGCACUCCCAGGCCAUAGCAGUCGGUCAUGAUUUUGUUGAAUAAUCACAGCUGAAUCCGUACAUGUUAGGGUCAGUUAAGGGUGUUUGCUUUGGGUGACAGCCUGGUUUUGGUCUCUUAUUAAAUUACUACCUGAGUACUAAGGUU